AACUACCCACAAUUUUUGGUUAGACGGCAUGUACAAGCUAUGCUAUGGGCUUUUUUCUUUUUCUGCUCACUGCCCUCCCCACUGCAUUAUCGUCAGUAAAACAAGAUAAAAACCUCAUAAAAUGUAUACGAUGCGAUACGUAUUCCAUCGACGCUGGUUUCAUCAUGGAAGUGUGAUUGUGGAGAAAGGAACCAAGCUCUCACCCUCGAUCACACCGCACAUCCAGCCGAAAUCCAUCCUUCUCCUACCCGCCAUAUUUUUCCUCGUCCUCGCCCUCGUCCUCUCUGUCCUUCACACAACCGGUCACCUGGGACCCACGCAGCCAAACUGUCCAACAACCUACCUCCCUCCCACGACCACCGGUCCCCAAAACUGCAGUAUCUACGAAACGACCUGCGACGGACCAGGCUGUACCGGUAUACUUCAGCGAGAUUGUGGAAUGGUGUACGAGUGUUUGGAUGAGCGUGCUAAAGCAUAUACCGAGUGCGUGAAAAGGGAGGAUGCGGAGCGUGAGAAAUGUAGAGUCGAUAGGGAGUAUGCUGUGGGUGAAUGCUACAAAUGGAAUAAGGAUUUAAAAGAAGGACGGAGUCAUGGAUGUUCGAGUGUGGGAGUGGUUGGCGUCCCCCUUCUAGCAGCCUUUACAGUCUUGGCGACCCUCCUCGGCGCAACCGUCGGUCUCGUUCUCCAUAUUCGCGCAAACAGACGUCUCAAGACCGAUAUUUAUAAAUUAGCAUAUUCAAAAGGGGGGAGAGUGUGGGAGGACGGUAGAUGGGGUUUGGGACGAGUCGUUGUGGAAUUUGUGGAUGGGAAAGUAGAGUGACAGGCUGUGUCCAAUAUGUGGAUGGUGUAUGCAGUAUUGGCUGGACCUCUAAUAACUCAUACCGACCCCAAGGGAUUCUUAUUCUGAGCUCGCAUGCAGAUGUUAUAUUCCAAGAAUGUAUCCAUUCGAACAACACCCAUUCCCGGGAUGGAAGUACAUGAACGACACUUGAU